AUGGAAACCGUGGCCGUUGGCAAGCGAUUUCCAGAUGGUACGAAGUGCAACUUUGUGCACUUCGGAUCGCCACGAUCCUCUCCGGCACCUGUCGCUCAUGCUCAUACUCGUCAGCGAACCAGAAGCGCCCACCUGCCGGUGCCAAAGCGCCGUGUGCACCUGGGCGGCUGCCACCUUUUUGACCACGUUGGCGAUCCAAAUGGCGCUGAAGGGUUGGAGCUCGAAGAUGAUCCUGGGCUGCCAUUACACGACCUUGGUGCUGAUGAGUCCCAUAUUCCUGCAUCCAUCGAGCGUCUGUCGCGUUCGCCAUCUCCUCAGCUGCAUGGCGUAUCAAGUGUUGCGCCUGUUGUUGAGGCUCACAUUGAGCAUCCGCCUGAUGACCUGCAAGCAAAGAAGCCGACAAGGGCUCGAACUAUACCUGCACGCAAUCGUGCCUCCCCGGAGAAUGGCCCUCGCUAUCAUAUGCAAAUGCCUGAGGUCUUCACAGCGCAGCUAGCAGAAACAUCCAAACGCGAGGAAGAACAGCGUCAGCACCAUGCUGACGAGAUCGAGGCGCAGAAUCGUGCACGGUACCAUACAGUUGUGUAUUCCUGGGUAACGGUUAGUUGCUCCUUCUCUGCUAUACAGUAG